AUGCCGAAGGGCCCGCGGGCGCGGCCGGCCGAGCGCUACCGCCUCAAGUACAGCCGGCUGCGGCGGGCGGCGCGGGCGCUGGUCUUCGAGAACGGGGCGCUGUGCGACGAGGUGGCGCGGCUGGAGGCCAAGUGCCUGCGGGCGCGCGACGAGCGCCGCUUCCUCCUCACCCGCCUCCUCCAACUCCGGGCCUUGGCCGGGCCCGAGGAGGCCGGCGGCGAGGCCGGGCGCCGGGCGAGGAGGGGAGGCCGGGGAGACGGGGGGAGGGCGGCGAGGGAUGGGGCGAAGGGGGCGGAGGGGAGGCCGGGGGGAGGCAGGAACGGGUUGAGGCCGGCGGGGUCAAGGGAUGAGUUGAGGCCGACGGGGUCAAGGGAGGACGCGAGGCCGGCGGCCUCCAGGGACGGGUUGAGGCCGGCGGGCUCGCGCGACGCUCCGCUCGACGACCCGAGGGACCCCACGAGGCCCAACGGUCCCCGGGGAGCCUCCAAGGCGGCGGCGGUGGCGGCGGCACCGGCGGCCAUCUUGAGGCCAUCCGAAGAGGCCGCCAACCUCGCAGGGCCGCCGGCGGCCAUCCUGAGCACAUCGCCGCGCCGGCGCGGCGGGCCGCCGGCGUUGCCGUUGACUCUCGGCCCGUUGACGGUGCACAGCUUGGGCGUCGUCGGGGCGGGGGCGGCGGCCAUCUUGCCGCCGGGCUACCGGAGCACGCGGCUCUUCGCCAGCCUCCGGAGGCCGGCUCGGCGCUGCCUCUACACCUGCCGGAUCGUCGCCGGACCCCGCUGCGAGAUCGUGGCCGAGGACGAGCCCGCAAGGGUGCUGGGGGGCCCCACGCCGGACGUUUGCCACGCUCGCCUCCUCCAGGCCUUGGAGGAGGCCGGGGGGAGGCCCCGGGGGCCUCCGCACGUCCCCGGGGCCGGCGAUGACUUCUUCGGCCUCACCCACCCCGUCGUCCGGCGGCACCUCCAGGGGGAGGCCGGGGCCUUCAUCCACCCCGAGGAGGAGGAGGAUGACGAGGAGGACGAUGAUGACGAGGACGAGGACGAGGACGACGAAGAGGAGGAGGAGGAGGACGGGGCCGCCCAAGCUUUCCCCUACGGCGACAUCUUCCUCGGCAGCCCCACGGGAUCCGACGACUGA